UGGAUUUAACUGACCUGCUUAGCACCUGUUUUGAGCAGUAGAUGGUGCUUCUUGCCAGUCUCCAGUUUACACUCAAGACUAAUUUUCAAUGUCAAUUGUUUUAAAGUAGUUUCUUAACAGGUUGCUGAAUGUCUGUACAUUGUGCAGAUCACACAAGAUUUAAUUUGAGUCAAGAUUUGUCUGACUCUGAUCCUGUGUGUCUGACUCUUGACAUUCUCACUAUCUGCUUCUCUAAACGGAGGGCGGAGCCUUGAAUCCCGCCACAGGUAGGUUUAACGUACACCUGUACUACUAUGAGACGGAAAAUACAUUUUAAGACCUACACUAGUAGUAAUAAAAUCACUGCAGACGACAAGAUACAAUGAGGACUUUACUGAUUUCCACUUUACUGUUUGCUAUGGGUGCAUGUUUACCUGCAAUAACCACAUCGUAUUCUAUUCCUCCAGAAGACCUGGAUGGAUCGGGACAUGAUCUGGAAAGUUCUGGCUCAGGUUCAGGGGAAUGGGCAGAAGUGUCCAAAGGCUCAGUAAGGUUUACCACAAUCUCAACAUUUACAAUGACAAUGAGUGAAGAUGACUUAAUGUUCAAUGCCAUUGAUGAAGAGGAUAAAACCGACCCAAUUAUAAUGACAGACAACACCAGAAAUAAAAUAUCAGAGGACUCAGACUUGACCUUUGACAAAAGGCCUAAGCUAGAUGACAACAACGGAUCAGCCAUUGGCAAUGUGGCAAAGAGCGGGGGUCUUCUAGAAAACAAAGAAGCGCUUGCAGCUAUUAUUGCAGGAGGAGUGGUGGGACUGGCCUUGGCUGCCUCCCUGUUAACACUCAUGGUCUAUAACAUGAAGAAGAAAGAUGAGGGAGGCUACACUGUCAACCAGAAAAACAAGUUGAACGGAGGAUAUCAGAAACCGAAGACCAAGGAGGAGUUUAUUGCAUAACUUCCCCUCAAAGACAAAAUAAUGUCUCAACCCAGCAGAUUUGUUUGAAGAGUUCAUUUUUGAGAGAAAGAAGUUGGUUGGGUUUGCGCCAUGAGAAAAUUCACAGCAGAAAAUGCAAACUUGUGGUGUAUUCGAGGUUUAAAAAGACGGUAACACUUUACUUGACACCCAGCAUCAUAACACAUAACAUGGUCAUAACCAUGUCAUAAUAUGUCAUAACAGCUGACAACUUGUCAUAUGGUCACAACACUGUCAUGACACAUAAACAGCAAAAAUAGAAACGUCCUCUUACUGUCAACUGUGUUUAUUUUCAGCAAACUUAACGUGUAAAUAUUUGUAUGAACUUAAGAUUCAACAACUGAGACACAAAGUGAACAAGUUCCACAGACAUGUGACUAACAUAAAUUGAAUAUUGUGUUCCUGAACAAAGGGGGGAGUCAAAAUAAAAAAUAACAGUCAGUAUCUGGUGUGGCCACCAGCUGCAUUAAGUACUGCAGUGCAUCUCCUCCUCACGAACUGCACCAGAUUUGCCAGUUCUUGCUGUGAGAUGUUACUGCCCUCUUCCACCAAGGCACCUGCAAGUUCCCAGAUAUUUCUGGGGGGAAAGGCCCUAGCCCUCACCCUCUGAUCCAAAAUGUCCCAGACGUGCUCGCUGGCCAUGGCACAACACUGACAUUCCUGUCUUGCAGCAAUGUCAUGCUGGUGGGUCAUGUCAGGAUGAGCCUGCAGGAAGGGUACCAUAUGAGGGAGGAGGAUGUCUUUCCUGUAACGCACAGAGUUGAGAUUGCCUGCAAUGACAACAAGCUCAGUUCGAUGAUGCUGUGACACACCGCCCCAGACCAUGACGAACCCUCCACCUCCAAAUCGAUCCCGCUCCAGAGUACAGGAUUCGGUGUAUCGUUAAUUUUUUUGACGAUAAACUCGAAUCCGACCAUCACCCCUGGUGAGACAAAACCGUGACUCGUCAGAGAAGAGCACUUUUUGCCAGUCCUGUCUGGUCCAGCGACGGUGGGUUUGUGUCCAUAGGUGACGUUGUUGCCGGUGAUGUCUGGUGAGGACCUGCCUUACAACAGACCUACAAGCCCUCAGUCCAGCCUCUCUCAGCCUAUUACGGACAGUCUGAGCACUGAUGGAGGGAUUGUGCGUUCCUGGUUUAACUCGGGCAGUUGUUGUUGCCAUCCUGUACCUGUCCUGCAGGUGAGAUGUUCGGAUGUACCGAUCCUGUGCAGGUGUUGUUCCACAUGGUCUGCCACUGCGAGGACGAUCAGCUGUCCUUCCUGUCUCCCUGUAGCGCUGUCUUAGGUGUCUCACAGUGCGGACAUUAUAAUUUGUUGCCCUGGCCACAUCUGCAGUCCUCAUGCCUCCUUGCAGCAUGCCUAAGGCACAUUCACGCAGAUGAGCAGGGACCCAUGGCAUCUUUCUUUUGGUGUUUUUCAGAGUCUGUAGAAAGGCCUCUUUAGUGUCCUAUGUUUUCAUAACUGUGACCUUAAUUGCCUACUGUCUGUAAGCUGUUAGUGUCUUAACGACUGUUCCACAGGUGCAUGUUCAUUAAUUGUUUAUGGUUCAUUGAACAAGCAUGGGAAACAGUGUUUGAACCCUUUACAAUGAAGAUCUGUGAUGUUAUUUGGAUUUUUACGAAUUAUCCUUGAAAGACAGGGUCCUGAAAAAGGGAAGGUUAUUUUUUUGUUUGGUUUAUAUUUAGACCUGUUGUGACAUAUAUUGAAUUAUUUUAUGGCUGGUUAUGACACCUACAUAAGAGUGUCAAAACACACAAAACCUACCACAGAAGGCAAAACAUACCAUUACACCAUAGCCUACUUAUAAAGGGAAAGGGGGGAUACCUACUCAGUUGUCCAACUGAAUGUAUUGAACUAAAAUGUGUCUUCCGCAUUUAACUCAACCCCUCUGAAUCAGAGAGGUGUGGUGGGCUGAGCAUAUCGACAGUAUGUUUAUGUUAUAUAACAUUUUCUGAAAUUGACCAUAUUAAAUUAUCAUUGUAAUUGCUGAAAAAUGUAUGUCAGACAUGCGCACACUCCAAUGCUCUAUUGCUGAGGACUGGAAUGAAUGCAGGAGCAUAUUUCAGGAGCAGGACAAGACACCCUCUUUGUGACUGAUGACUGAUAUAAGGGCAUGUAUGUGGUAGGCCUAUCUGGCUUAUAUGAUUAUGAUGGUCAUAAUGCUUCUUGACAGUGUCAUGAGGUGUAUUUUCUUAGUACAGGUAAAGUGACACAGGAAGGUCAUAAUGCUGCAUGACAGUGUCAUAAAGUGUAUUUUCUGCAAGUUAUUUAAAACAUGAUUUUAAAAAAACAUGACUGUAAACAAAAUUCAUUACAACAAAGGACUUAAGAAACACGUUUUCAAAAGAAAGGACAUUUCUUUGCAAGGAAAAAAACCAUUUCAAUAAAUGUGGAUUUUGCCGCUCUUAUGUAGGUGUCAUAACCAGCCAUAAAAUAACGAAAUAUACUGAACAAAAAAUAUAAACCCAACAUGUAAAGUGUUGGUUCCAUGUUUCAUGAGAUAAAAUAAAAGAGAAAUGUUCCAUACGAACAAAAAGCUUAUUUCUCGCAAAUGUUGUGCUCAGAUUUGUUACAUCCCUGUUAGUGAGCAGUUCUCAUUUGUCAAGAUAAUCCAUCCACCUGACAGGUGUGGCAUAUCAAGAAACUGAUUAAACAGCAUUACCAUUACACAGGUGCACCUUGUGUUGGGGACAAAAUGCCACUAAAAUGUGCGGUUUUGUCACACAACACAAUGCCACAAAUGUCUCAAGUUUUGAGGGAGAGUGCAAUUGUCAUGCAGACUGCAGGAAUGUCCACCAGAGCUGUUGCCAGAUAAUUUUAUGUUAAUUUCUUUACCAUAAACCGCCUACAAUGUUGUUUUAGAGAAUUUGGCAUUACGUCUAAAUGGUCUUACAACCGCAGACCACGUGUGGCGUCUUCGAAGGAUCUGUACACAAUUCUGGAAAGCUGAAAAUUUCCCUGCAUACUCAACAGACAUGUCACCCAUUGAGCAUGUUUGGGAUGCUCUGGAUCGACUUGUACAACAGCGUGUUCCAGUUCCCGCCAAUACCCAGCAACUUUGCACAGCCAUUAAAGAGGAGUGGGACAACAUUCCACAGGCCACAAUCAACAGCCUGAUCAACUUUAUGCGAAGGAGAUGUGUUACACUGCACACCAGAUACUGACAGGUUUUCUGAUCCACGCCCCUACCUUUUUUUAAGGUAUCGGUGACCAACAGGUGUAAUAUCUGUAUUCCCAGGUCAUGUGAAAUCCAUAGAUUAGAGCUUAAUUUAUUUAUUUCAAUCGACUGAUUUCCUUGUAUGAACUGUAACUCAGUAAAAUCUUUGAAAUUGUUGCAUGUUGCAUUUGUUUAUAUUCAGUGUAUAUGUCACAACAGGUGUAAAUAUAUGAGGCAUGACAGUGUUAUGACCAUAUUAUGACAGGUUAUGACAAGUUAUGUCAGCUGUUAUGACAUUUUAUGACAUGGUUAUGACCGUGUCAUAACAUGUUAUGACGCUGGGUGUCAAGUAAAGUGUUACCAAAAAGGCUUCUAAAGUUUUAAUUUCAAUUUUUAUGUUUAUUUGCCCUUACUAAAAAUGAAUCAACCUCAACAAAUAUUUCUUAAUUAUAAUCCACACAAUAAUUCACAUUUUCUUUUGCUUAAGGUUUAUUUUCCUGCUGUGAGAAACUGGUCACAUUAAGAUCCUACACGUGUAUAUGUAAUUACAAGGUUUAUUUUAGAGUAAGAAACAGGUUUAUUUAAAAUCAAAGUACAUUUUGUAUUACUGUUCCACGUUUGUAUUAUGUUAUGAUCUGUAACAUGUGUGCACUGUGUGGAUAUUAUACACCUUGAUGUAGUGGACACUUUACAUACAACUGUGUUGAAUGUAAUUAAUAUAGUGUGGCCUUGAGACUAAAGUGUACCUUGUAGUUGUAUGUCCUAUGUCUAAUCCCUUAUUGCUUAAAUAGGAGCGGAAAUUGACCUCCCUAACACAAUACACUCCUUGUGUUGCAACAGUGGGAAAGAAGCACCUUAUCACAAAGCAGAGCCAUAUAAUAACCAUCUAUCUCUCUGACUCUGAAUCACCAAGGUCAUUUUUUAUUUUAUUUUUUUAUUUCACCUUUAUUUAACCAGGUAGGCAAAUUGAGAACACGUUCUCAUUUACAAUUGCGACCUGGCCAAGAUAAAGCAAAGCAGUUCGACACAUACAACAACACAUAGUUACACAUGGAAUAAAACAAACAUACAGUCAAUAAUACAGUGAAAAAUAAGUAUACAAUGUGAGCAAGUGAGGUGAGAUAAGGGAGGUGAAGGCAAAUAAUAUAUAUAUAUAAAUAAAAAUAUAAAAAAGGCCAUGGUGGCGAAGUAAAUACAAUAUAGCAAGUAAAAAAAUAAAAAAUUUAAAAAGGAAAAAGAAAGAACUAUAUUACUACAUUUCUGAACCAGAUUCUAUAUUUUACCAUGCAAAAACACAUUUCUAAGAUAUUUUUGCAUGUUCAUAGAGAAACUGUAGACAUUUUUAAAUGUAUAUUUAUAGGUCCAUGUGAGUGGAAUAUUGUUCUGUAACCCAUAACUGUUGUUCUGCUUAUAUCUUAACGAUUUUUCUGCACUCAUUUAAAAGUUUUUUGCAUACAAGUGUCUGCUAAGUUAGUAUUCAGUCCAUGCAAUGAUGGAAAAAGUACUUCAUACUUGAUUAAAUGUAAAGAUACCUUAAUAGAAAAUGACUCAAGUAAAGGUGAAAGUCACUCAGUAAAAUAUUACUUGAGUAAAAGUAAAAAAAUAUUUACUGUAAAUGUAAAUUUAAAGUAAAUGUAAUUGCAAAAAUAUAAUUAAGUAUCAAAAGUAAAAGUAUGAAUAAUUUCAAAUUCCUUAUAUUAAGCAAACCAAACAGCAUAAUUGUAUUUUUUAAAUUUAAUUUACGGAUAGCCAGGGGCACACUCCAAAACUCAGAAAUAAUUUACAAAUUAAGCAUUUGUGUUUAGUGAGUCCGCCAGAUCAAAGGCAGUAGGGAUGACCAGGGAUGUUUUCUUGAUAGGUGUGUGAAUUUGACCAUUUUCCUGUCCUGCUAAACAUAAAAAAUGUAACUAGUACCUUUAGGUGCCAGGAGAAAUGUAUGGAGUAAAAAGUACAUAGGAAUGUAGUGAAGUAAAAGUAAAAGUUGUCAAAAAUAUAAAUAGUAAAGUAAAGUACACAUACUACCCAAAAAUACUUAAGAAAUAGUUUUAAGUAUUUUUACUUAAUUCGUUUUCACCACUGAACAAAUUGCCCUGAUAGCACAUUGUUGCCUCUGACUUCAGAGUUUGUCUUGAAAACUUUGGUCUCACUAUUGCUGUCCUGCCAUCUAGGGCUCAAAGUAGGAAUAAUCUGACUGGAUCUCAGUUGAAUUUGUCACAUGUAAUACCCUUAGUCUGGCAUACCUGGUCUUUGUGCUACAUACAGUCUUUGUACUUCAGAAAGUAUUCAUACCCCUUGACUUAUUACACCCAUCUACACAAAAUAAUUCAUUACGACAAAGUGAAAACAUGUUUUUACAAAUGUUUGCAAUGUAUUGAAAAUUAAAUAAAGAAAUAUCUAAUUUACAUAA